AAUAAAAGCUCACCAAACCCCAUCACCUUCUCUCAUACAAACUCAGUUUAAUUCAUCUUCUUCAACUGAUCAGAAAAUCAGAAGAAAAAAAAAAUGUCAAAGGACGUGAUAGAAGAAGGACAAGUUCAUCAACAGCAUGGGAAGGAUUACGUGGACCCACCACCAGCUCCUUUGCUUGAUUUUGCAGAACUCAAGCUCUGGUCUUUUUACAGAGCUCUUAUUGCUGAGUUCAUAGCUACUCUUCUUUUCCUUUACGUUACUGUUGCCACUGUAAUUGGUCAUAAGAAGUUGAAUGGUGCUGAUAAAUGUGAUGGGGUUGGUAUUCUUGGUAUUUCUUGGGCUUUUGGUGGCAUGAUUUUCGUUCUUGUUUACUGCACUGCUGGUAUCUCUGGUGGACACAUUAACCCAGCAGUGACAUUUGGGUUGUUCUUAGCAAGAAAAGUGUCAUUAUUAAGAGCAGUGGGAUAUAUUAUUGCACAAUCUUUAGGUGCAAUUUGUGGAGUUGGUUUAGUGAAAGGUUUCAUGAAACAUUACUACAACACAUUAGGUGGUGGUGCUAAUUUUGUGCAACCUGGUUAUAACAAGGGCACAGCUUUAGGUGCUGAGAUUAUUGGAACUUUUGUUCUUGUUUACACUGUUUUCUCUGCUACUGACCCUAAAAGAAGUGCUCGUGACUCCCAUGUCCCUGUGUUGGCUCCACUGCCAAUUGGUUUUGCUGUUUUCAUGGUUCAUUUGGCUACUAUUCCUAUUACUGGAACUGGUAUUAACCCUGCUAGGAGUUUUGGAGCUGCUGUUAUUUACAACACUGAAAAAAUCUGGGAUGACCAAUGGAUAUUUUGGGUUGGACCAUUUGUGGGAGCAUUGGUAGCAGCAGUAUAUCACCAGUAUAUCUUGAGAGGUUCAGCUAUUAAGGCAUUGGGUUCUUUCCGCAGCAACCCCACCAACUAAAACAACCAGAAAAGAGAAAAGAACAGGAAAAAGAAUUGCAUUCAUCUGUCCAAAUUAUCUUUGUUUAUUUAUUUGAUUCUAUGUGUGUAAGAGGAAUCUAUGGAACUCUCCCUUUUACUUUUUAUGUAUUGCUUAUAAUAGUUUAAUCCUUAAUGUUAGCCUUGGAUGUGUAUUUAUUUGUAUGAGUAGAGUUGGUGAUGUUUUCCUUUUAAUCUCUUAUGAAUCUUGGACUUAGAUCCUCCCU